AUGGCAUCAGAGGUUGCUGUCUCGGCAGAUGAAAGCCAUUUUCUUCUGGAGGGACGCGAAGGUCUACCAAGGACCGUCUUCAGUGCCAAAACAGUCCGUCUGCAGAAGAGGAGCACCCGCUGGCACAUUACUGGGCGCUCCUGGUUUCGCUCGCUGGUGGCUUCCACGCCUGUUCUUCUAGCACCGCUUGCCUCGUUCAUCUUUUACAUCACGCUCGCCGAGUUUGAUGGCUCGCUCUCUGACUUUGCUACCGCCGUCGUGCAACAAGGCUUCGGCGCCGUCCUAUAUGCGUACCAACCGCGUUUCACUCUCAAGGCCACGGCUGCCCACUGCUGCUGGAUUGUUCUACAAGCCGUAUUGGCUCUGACACUACCAGGUCCAAAGAAGUAUGGGCAGCCAACCUCGACAGGCCAUGUCCUUCCGUAUUGUGUCAACGGGCUCAGUGCAUGGCUCGUCACUCAUCUUGUCCUGGCCUAUGCCUGCUGGUAUGGGAUUCUGGACCCGGCCUUCGUGCCGCGAAACUGGGGUGCGUUGGUGUGCGCAAUGAAUUUGGCAGGUUUCUCCAUCUCGCUGUUGGCAUUCGCAAAGGCGCAUCUCAUACCCACCAUUGCCGAAGCGAGACGAUUCAGCGGCUGCUCCGCCUACGACUUUUACAUGGGCAUCGAGCUAAAUCCGAGACUUGGGGACAAUUUCGAUUUGAAACUGUUCACAAACAGCAGGAUUGGUAUGGGGGCCUGGACAGUCAUCGACCUGUCCAACAUGGCAUUUCAGUAUCAGGAAUACGGCAGCAUCGGCUCUUCAAUGAUUCUUGUGACCAUUCUGCACAUGAUCUACGUUCUAGACUUUUUUGUCCAUGAGCACUGGUACCUUGGAACCAUUGACAUUGCGCACGAGCACUACGGCUUUUAUCUUGCGUGGGGUUGCUUUGCGUUUCUUCCCACCACGUACACGCUACAAACGCAAUAUUUGAGCCAGCAGCGCCCUGCACCACUGACAGCGUAUGAAGCUGCCAUGUUUGCUUUGGGCCUCGCAGGCUAUGCUCUCUUCCGUUCUGUAAACCACCAGAAAGACCUGGUGCGUCGAUCUCUCGGAAAUUGUUUGAUCUGGGGUAAGCCUGCAGAGUGCAUCAAAGCACCAUAUCACACCUCGGACGGGAACAGGGGCGAGAACCUCCUGCUCGUCAGUGGUUGGUGGGGUUGGUCUCGACAUGCCAAUUAUGUGGGGGAUCUCUUGUUAAGCUUUUCAAUGUGUGCUCUGGCUGGUAGCGGAAAGCUCUUGGUGUGGUUUUAUGUUAUAUAUAUGGCUGUAUUGCUUGCCCACCGAUGUGUCAGGGAUGAGGCGCGAGGAUCAUCCAAAUAUGGAGCGGCCUGGGAGGAGUAUUGCCGACGAGUCGCGUGGCGCUUGAUCCCUGGUGUCUGGUGA